CGGCAUAGUUCGCUUAUUGACUGCUGUAAAACUGUAAUUGAAAUGCGGCAAGAAACAUUCCGCUUGUAGAACCAUCGUGUCCACGUAAUACCAUUGUCCGCAAGCAUUCUUCGAACGAAACGAUUAUUAUGCCUGGUAUACAUCGCGAUCUUUCUGGCGACUCGGGCAAUUUUUCAGAUGACGAACUCUUAUCAAUUCUAAAUCAGCUCGGGGUUCAACCUCGGUCUUCGGCGCGUCAUGAGGAAAGGGGAAUGUAUCUCUUCUCUGAAAAUCGUGAUAGCGUCGCAAGAGAGCGCCCAGCAUCCGCUGCUUCAGCUUCUAUCCUUGCACGUCCUUCAGUGCCAGCGAAGCGACAGGCUUCUCUGUACGAAGAUCUCCUUCAAUGCCAGCAUGAUAUUGGCCGCGCAGCUUCGAAUCCUGAACAACAAUUAAUAUCUGCUUGGGCAGAAAGCAGACCGUCAACAUCUACUAGGGUACGCGAUCGCCCAGGCCGCUUUGUUUCCGAUUCACGGCAAUCGCCACUUACUGUUAAUUCUACCAAAGCAAACAAGGGAUCUUUUCGCCAUCCAAUUCCACGCGAUUAUUUUAGACGAUCCGAUUCGUCAUCAAACGAUAACUCGUCCGGUUCAGUAGCGCCCACAAACUGGGAAUCCACCUACAAGACAAAGGAGCUUUCAGAAGUAACGUCGUCUUCUGAUCUGUCGAAUUGUUCGUCAUUGCACAAAAACUCAGAUCCAGAGGAUUUUUCUUUCCGGAGAAGUGCAUACAUUUCUGAAUGCCUUUCUCGUGUUGGCGAGCCUUCUGUGCUUGAAGGAAACUUUCAUGAGCGUGGCGAUGCGGUGAACGACGAAGUACGCGCUCAGCAACACAUUCUUUGCAAAAUACAGGAAGAACAAGAGAGAAAGAUGCUAGAACUUGCUCUUGCACAAUCUGCUGCCGAUGUUGUGAUCACUACAUCUCAAUGUCAUUCACGGCAUACAUGCAAUUUGAAUCAAAGAUCUGAGGCCAUGACUCAACGUCCAGUUUCGAGCAUUGACUUGUCCUUUGAACAAGAUCAACUAGAGCUGGUUCUCAAGUUAUCAGAGCAGGAAUCAUCUGUCAAGCAUUGUAAUGCGGGAUUUCAAAUAAGUGAGGGUGAAGAGCGUCUGCUUCAGUUAGUAACACGCGCGUCAGGAAUAAUAGUGUCCAGUUCAAAAACGGUGGACACCGAGGAAGAAGAACAACACAUGAUGCAACUAGCAUUGACGCUUUCCAAGCAAGAAUAUCAAGCUAGCUACCCCACCAAGCCAUAUCAAAGAGUAGCCUUUCUACCCCGAGAGCUGUCGUUGCGCGAUAGCACAUCUGGGCUGCUGUUGGACAAGCUUACAACCGAAGAGACCACAAUCAACACUAACCACCACAAAGACUGGUCUGAAUCAGCUGCUGAUACCUGGAAGCAAAGCCAAAGUCUAGCAUUGGCCGAAUUUAAGACAAUGGUAGGCUCCACAGCAUUUAAAGACACAAUCGCUUUGGCAAAAUACCAGGUAGACGACGACAGCGAGCGUACCGAGAUGCUUCGAAGGGGGCAACUUGAGACCAUUGGCGCCAUUCGUACUGGGCGGGCCCAUGUAAUUGAGUGCCAUGGUUGUAAUGAGCGACUGCAGGCACCUAUUCACUACUCAUUGGUAUACUGUAUCUCAUGUGGAGUUGUCAGUCCAGGAAAGACUGCAAAAUUUAUUUGGCGCAGGGAAGAGUAA